AGAUGUCGACUGUAAAUAAAAAAAGGUGAAAAAGUGAAAUGUUUACUUCUUUGAAUCACGGUUUCUCAUUUGCCCAAAAAAAGUGGAUCCUGUCCAACGAAACGAUGAUAAAGUCAAAUGCUUCAAGAGUUUGUCAAAUGUUGUCAAACAAACAUUUCGGUGGUUUUAAACAAGACAUCAUUGAACCUGCGAAACCCUCGUUGACUGCGGCUUACUGUGUUUCUCGAUUUAAUGAUGCAAUAAGUGACAUGUUAAUCAAACAAAUCAAUGAUAAUUCCAAGCUACCUGUUUACAUUAAAAAAGGUAUAUCGGAAGAUGAGGAUGUGAAGACUCAUCCCCGUAUACCAAUCAUACUAAAUGUUCCAAUUACCUCAUUACCGACUAAUUCAUUCAACUUCGAUCGUUACUUUGAUAACCUGGAAUCGUUUCGCUUUGGACAUACAAUCAUCUAUUCGGAAGUAACAACAACUACAAUUGAUCUGAUUGAUCCUUUUAUCUCUAUCGAUGGCUUGGUUACAGUUGCAGGAGUCCAAACCCAAGGCCGGGGAAGAAGUGGAAAUACUUGGGUCUCUCCUAAAGGAUGUGCAAUGUUUUGUGUUGCAUUUCAUAUUCCCCUUUCAUCGCGACUUGGACAAAGUUUAGGUUUAGUUCAACAUUUAGUAUCAUUAGCAGUUCUUCGAGGAAUCAUACGAGCAGCUGGUUAUGAGAAACUAGAUCUACGACUCAAAUGGCCUAAUGAUAUUUAUUGGGCAAAAUCUGUUAAAGUUAGUGGCAACAUUGUUACAUCAAGUUUGAUCGGGAAUAAUGUCCAGUGCAUUGCUGCUGUCGGUGUCAAUGUAAACAAUUCACAUCCAGGUCAACCGUUGAAUCAAUUGAUUACCAAUUGCCUUGAAACUAAAGAGUUACAGCCACUUACAGUGGAGGAAGUUAUCGCUAGAUCUUUGAAUGAGCUAGAUUACUUGAUCAAAGAAACUGAGAGGACUGGUAUUGAAAUGUUAAAGAAAUUAUAUCUUCAACAUUGGUUACAUACUGAACAAAAGAUUAAGAUAUCCGGUGAUAAAGAAGUGACGAUCAAAGGAAUUGAUGAUCAUGGUUACUUGUUGGUUGAAGACGCGUCAGGAAAAAUAUCAACUGUUCAACCUGAUGGAAAUCGUUUUGAUAUGAUGCAGAACAUGAUUGUGAAAAAAUGAUUGACUUUUGAAUUUGGAUAAAUAGCUCAUUUUAAAACAAGAAAGGGUUGUGGGUGUUUGGAAAUGUUGAAUGUUUCUUAUCUAAUCAUGAUGGAUCUUUUUUUAGACUCGGUCCUUUUGCUCAACUUACAUGACAUUCAUUCCUAAAUGGGUUUUCGGUCUCCUAUACCUUUUUAAUUCCUGCCGCAUUUUAAAGCAUUUAAUGUCGCUAUUAUUACUCAUAUUUUCUAUUCAGUUAACACUGAGUUGCCAAUAAACAAAUUUUUUUGCAUAUUU